GUUCGCCUGAGCAGGGGAGUAGAUAGCAUAGCGGUAGCAGAGGGAGUCUAUGCGCGCUGGACAGCAGUGGGAGGUGUGUGAGGCUCGCGCUGGCCACAGACCCUCGGGCUCAACAGCCGGGGAGCAGCGACUCAGCAACGGGGCUGCCGGGCCAGCCGGCCGACACUUCAGAGGCGCAAACUGAUGGGCCUGGCUCCCUGGGCAGCGCCUUACCGCUCUUUUAAGUACACUGAACGGGGCCCGCGCUGAAGUAGAAGCUGUCGGGGGACUCGCAGCCCGGAGUGCAGUGUAGUCCGAAGGAACAGAGCCCGUGCCAGGGCGACCCAGUCGGGAGCCUGGGGACCGAGCUCGCAUUGUGGGGAGACCCCCACUUCUUCCCAGGGACGCUAGUCCCAGGACGGUUGAGGCAUUGGGACAGCCACCGUGUCCUCCGCGGGGAGACCCCGUCGGGGAGAGGGCGCGCAGUCCCAAACAGUCUCGGGGAGCCGAGCGGAAUCAAGCAGAUCACCCGGGGGCGCAGAGCCCCCAUCACCCUUCGUGCGGCGGAGAGGCCAGAGGAGCGAGCCUUCGGAGGCCGCAGCCCAUGCCCAGGUUGGGGACGCCUGCCCAGUGAAUCCUCCUGGCCGGCUGGGCGGAGAAGAGCGACACCGAAGCCGGCAGGAGGGGAGCACUUCAAGGCCAGCGGCUUCGGAGGAUGGGCGCCUGAGUGGCUCCGAUUGCAGAGCGGCACGGGAAGGCGAGGCGAGCUUUGCUGAGUAGGCUCCAGGGGAUCCCGAAGUGCAGCCUGCCCCCGGGAAGAUGGCCCGGCCUGGGCAGCGUUGGCUCGGCAAGUGGCUUGUGGCGAUGGUCGUGUUGGCGUUGUGCCGACUCGCCACGCCGCUGGCCAAGAACCUGGAGCCCGUGUCCUGGAGCUCCCUCAACCCUAAGUUUCUGAGUGGGAAGGGCUUGGUGAUCUACCCGAAGAUUGGAGACAAGCUGGACAUCAUCUGUCCCCGAGCAGAAGCAGGGAGGCCCUAUGAGUACUACAAGCUGUACCUGGUGCGGCCAGAGCAGGCAGCUACCUGCAGUACCGUGCUCGACCCCAAUGUGCUGGUCACCUGCAACAGGCCAGAGCAGGAAAUUCGCUUUACCAUCAAGUUCCAGGAGUUCAGCCCCAACUACAUGGGCCUGGAGUUCAAAAAGCACCAUGACUACUAUAUUACCUCAACAUCCAAUGGGAGCCUGGAAGGGCUGGAGAACCGGGAGGGUGGUGUGUGCCAUACACGCACAAUGAAGAUCAUCAUGAAGGUUGGGCAAGAUCCCAAUGCAGUGACACCUGAGCAGCUGACUACCAGCCAGCCCAGCAAGGAGGCACACAACACUGUCAAGACAGCCACACAGGCCCCUGGUCGGGGACCCCAGGGUGACUCUGAUGGCAAGCAUGAGACUGUGAACCAGGAAGAGAAGAGUGGCCCAGGUGCAAGUGGGGGCAGCAGCAGUGACCCUGACAACUUCUUCAACUCCAAGGUGGCAUUGUUUGCAGCCGUUGGUGCCGGCUGUGUCAUCUUCCUGCUCAUCAUCAUCUUCCUGACGGUUCUACUACUAAAGCUGCGCAAGCGGCAUCGCAAGCACACACAGCAGCGGGCAGCUGCCCUCUCACUCAGUACCCUGGCCAGUCCCAAGGGGGGUAGUGGCACCACGGGCACUGAGCCCAGUGACAUCAUCAUCCCUUUACGGACUACAGAGAACAACUACUGCCCCCACUAUGAGAAGGUGAGUGGAGACUAUGGGCACCCCGUCUACAUCGUCCAGGAGAUGCCACCCCAGAGCCCGGCGAACAUCUACUACAAAGUCUGAGUGCCCAGUACAGCCUUGGGCCCUGAGGGACAGAAGGCCUGGACUGGACCGCUCCUUUUCCCCCCACACCCCACCCCUGCCAGCUGUGCCCACCUUUGUAUUUAGUUUUGUAGUUUCUUGGCUUUUAUAAUCCCCCUUUUUCCCUGCCCCCUGGGCUUCGGAGGGGGGUGCUUGUGCCCUCAAACCCCAUGCUCUUGUGCCUUCCCCCUCUGGCCAGGCCUCUGGGCUCGGUGGGGGCACCCUUUCUUGGAGGGCAGGGUUGGACGCUGAUAGACAGCAGGCAGGGAGAUGGCCCCCUGGCCCUGCCCUUUCCCUAACUCCCUUUCCCCCUCCUAGGACUGCUCGUCCACUAUCAUCACUGUUUUUAAUGCUUUUGUGUUCAAUUUUUUAGCUGUCAACUCAUUUUCAUCUGUUUUUUGAAGAAAAAUGGAAAAAUAUACAAGGCAGCUCCUCAGGCUUUCUGAGCCUGGCUUGACCCAGUAUAAGAGGGCCUGGGGCAGGAUAUGGCCAGCCAGGAAGCAGAGAAUGGCAUUGCUUUUAUAGACUCCUUGGUAUUUCAGGGGGUGGGGGAGGGCAGGCCACACCCACAAGGGAGAGUGCUACUGAGCAAAGUGUACCACCCUCCCUCCUUCUACAGAGCUGAUCCUGGCAGUGGGGUAGUGGCUGCCACCCUUCCACCAAAAAGAAAAAUAAAAUCCCUUUCCUUUUGGGAUUCUUGGGCAUCUCCUGCCUCCCUCACUCCCACGGUAAUUAAUGUCUUAAUUGGCUGUUGCCUGGGGAACAGGAGAGCUGCUGCAGGCAGAUGACUUCAUGGGGGGUGGAGGGAGGUGAGGUGCCCAGGUGGCUAUUUGCCCUGCAGAGCUGGGAGUUCCCCACCGCCAUCCUGUUCUCUCCUUACCUUUGGCAUUCUUUGGCCCAGUGGGGAAACAGAGGCCCAAGGUGAAGACCUAGUGGGUAAUAAGGCCAGGUGACCUGCUCCUUUUCUGGAAUUUAGCACAGAUGGGUGCCCCCCCAUGCCCAACCUGACCCCGACUGCCCCUCCCCACCCUCCAGUCAUGGGCUGGGGCCUGGAAAGAGGAAGAGUCUGCCCAGGGUUGCCCGCUGUGCACUUUGACCCCAGCUCCUUGCCAGCACAGCUGCUAACAGACUGCCACUGGAGUAUACCUUGAGGCACUCCCAGAGCAGCCAUGGAAGGAGCUGGGCCUUACAACCAUCCACCUCCACACUGCCUCCUGGCCAGCUGCCCAACCUGGUGCCAGGUGGGAGAGGGAGCAGAACAGCCAGCCCCUUCCAGGUGGCAAUCGGAAGGGUUUUUUGUUUUGUUUUGUUUUGUUUCUGUUGCCAUUUGUGUAAAUACUAGUCUUUUUUGGAAAAAAAUAAUGUAAAGAUGUUUUGUAUAAACUCUGAAUUAUU